UCCCGCACGGCUUCCGUACGAGCUCCCACGUGACAGCGGAAGGUCAAACAUGGCCGCCUGCAGCAAAGGGCUCGACAGGUUUAUCUGCUCUCUGAGGUUGUUGCGGAACCUCCAGCUCAAGAAUGAACGGUUCGUGUCCACGUCCGUGCGUCGUGGGAGCAACGACCCCCCCAAGUUCACUCCUCCACCCAGACCCGUCAUCAUAGACAAAACUCAGUCCGUGUCCUCUCUGCGGAAGUUCCUCAGCCCUGAGUUCGUCCCCCCGCGACAGAGGACUGAGCCUCUGAAGUUCUCCAUGGAGAGAAAAGACAUGAUCCGCAGGAGGAAGGUGCUCAACAUCCCAGAGUUCUACGCGGGGAGUAUCCUGGCGGUGACCAUGGCCGACCCUCAUGCCAGUGGGAAAACAAACCGCUUUGUUGGAAUCUGUAUCCAGAGAGGUGGGAAAGGCCUGGGAGCCACGUUUAUCCUGAGGAACAUCAUUGAUAACCAAGGUGUGGAGAUUUGCUACGAGCUGUACAGUCCUCGCAUCCAGAAAAUCGACGUGCUGAAGCUGGAGAAAAGGCUGGACGACAACCUGAUGUAUCUGAGAGAUGCUCUGACUGAGUACAGCACCGUGGACCCGGACAUGAAGCCCGUGCCCUUCUCCCUAACUGGAGAAGUGCCUGUCAACAAGCUCAAAGUGAGGAUGCGCCCAAAACCAUGGUCGAAACACUGGGAACGGCCGAAGUUCAACAUCCAGGGCAUCCGCUUCGACGCGUGCAUGACCCCGCAUCAGAUGGAGUUCGUGCAGAAGUGGGCGGAGCCCUGGCGGGAGUACGACAUGCUGAAGGAGUACGACACGUCGCAGCUGGAGGAGCAGAUCCUCAAAGAGGUGCAGCAGGAGAUGAGCAAGUGAGGACGAGGCUUCCUGAAAGUCAAAGGUCGUUCGGUUUAACCGUCAACGUGAGAACAGAAAAGACAGUGAUGUGACGCUCGCAGGGAGGCGGAGCUCUGCUGGACAUUCAUCCAGAUGUUUGCUACAGCUGCACAUGUGUAUAAGGAGGAACCAACAUGGAAGCUGAUGUAUUCUGCCUUCUUCAUUUUGUCCACCAGGCUGCGUGACGAGUUCUGUCUGUUCUGGCACAAGGUGUGACAUUUAUCACAUAUUAAGUGUUUCCUAUAAUAAAACAUAUUCAUGCAACUCCAA